CAACAUAGCGCCUCUCUGAAAAAAAUUGUUUUUUUAAGACAAAUUCGCCGACUGCUUCAUGUCGGAAUUAUCCGCCUGAGGACGGCUCGAGGGUUUUCUCUCUCUCAUCGAAAUCGAUCGUUUCUCGACUGACUUGAGGUCCAAUCCAUUUCGAUCGAGCAAUGGCAAAACCCUAGAGGCCGGAGCGAACUAGGGUUUGGCUGAUUGCUCCUCGAUUAGGGUUUUUUCUUUCUACGACUUUUUGAGCCUUUUGAUAUUCUGUUCAUUCAAUUUCGAUGCUUCAUCUUUAGAAUUACUUCGUUGUAGUAGUUACAUUGUUUGGUGAGCUUUGAGUUCGCAAAUUUGUUCUCGUUAGGGUUCUGGUUUGAUCGUUAAAUUGGUUGUCUUUGAAGUUAGAGUUCAAUUUGAGUAGUUUCUUGUGUUGGGGGCUCAGUGAUUGAGAUUGUUUUGCCACUGAAUUCAAAUCGCUCCACUUUGUAACCUUUUUUUUUCCUUUUGACGAUUUUUAAGGAGUCAGUUCCCCAGAUUUUCUCGAGUACUAGUGUUGUAGAAGUUCUGUAAUAUAGAAGGUAUUCAUGUAUCAUUGCAUGCUGCAUUUGGUUUUAUUAAGUUGGAGGGGGAUGAUAUUAUGAAUAUUUAGAAGUAUCUAGGAAUUUGGAUGUGAGUUGUGAGUAGUUAUGAUUGAUUCAGUUUAACAUGGUGGGGAGCACGAGAGCGGAGCUGGCUUCAAGUGGUCUUGAAGGAUCCAGCUUUGCAUCGGCAUUUCCAAAUGGGCAGCGUGGCGCUUACUCCGGCUCCCAUAUAGAUAGGCUUGGAAGUUUUCGUGAGAGUUUGGAGAGUCGUUUGAUGGCCUCGGGGCCAAUGGCAUCGAGGAAUGCAGCAGCCUCAGCGGACGUUUCGCUGGUUACUCAGUUUAUGUCACUGGAGCCUUUCCCCACAAAUGAGCUGAAGAAUGUUAGGUCAGGAGAGUUGAGGAGAGUUCUUGGAAUUUCUGUAGAGGACCAUUCCUUUGGAUCUUUGCAAUCGAAGCCCCUUCCCCCUAUAUCGUGGGAUGAGCUUAAACGAUUCAGAGGAAAUGUUGAGGAGACUCGUUGUAGAGCAAAAGAGAGAGGAAAAUCAUUGCAAAAUUCCUUAGUGAAACUGGACAAGGUUCGCAACAUUGUCUCGAAGAAGCGACAACGGAGUGGAAACCAAUUUAAUGAGAAGUCUAGUAGCUCAAAUUUGUUGAAGAUAGGGAGUCAAAUGCAUCAAAACCCUCCAGACUUUGUAGGUCAGAGAGUGGAAGAGAGGACGAAGAAUGGUGUUCUCAACAAGCGUAUACGCUCAUCGAUAGCGGAAGUACGGGCCUCUUUGCCUUGUACUCUUCAACCAGAGGGGCAGAACAAUCUUCCUAUGAGACAAGGAUCAAUGUUAGACAAGGAUAAAAACAAGCUUAUUGACAAGGAUAAAAAUAUGUUGAGGGCUUGUAAUGGAUAUCCAGUGUCCACUGAUGACAAGAUGCCUGGAUUGCCUGCAGGAAGUGAAGGGUGGGAUAAAAAGAAUAAGCGAAAACGUUCUGUUGGCACAAUGGUUAAUAGACCUCCCCCAGAUGGUGAUCGAGAACAUAAACAAGCAACACAACAAAAGCCUAGUUAUGAAUCCCGUCCACGAUCUGGUGAUGGUCUUUGCUUCAGAACUGAAUCACCUAAUGGAAGCAUCGGAAGUAAUAGGAUGGACGGUUCCUCUCAAGUGAGUGGAGGUGGUUCCCGCAUCAUACCAAGGAAUGAUCUUAGUAAUGAAUCUCUUUCAAAUGAUAGAAAAGAACGCUUUUUUGGGCUUGAUAAGGAGCGGACCAGUUCAAAAGGAAGCAAUAAGGUGAAUAUGUGUGAUGAUGCUCAAGUAGGAACUCAGAGUCCUUUAACAAAAGGAAAAGCUGCUAGAGCUCCAAGAACUGGUUCAGGCAUUGUAAUCAAUAUGCCUAGUUUUCCCUGCUCUUCAGGAGGUAUCGAUGGAUUGGAGCAUCCUUCUUUAUCGAACAAAGUCCUGCCCUUGACUGGUGCAAGCAAUCGCAAACGACCUUUACCGACAGGAUCCUCUUCACCUCCUGUAGCUGCUAGGUGGGGAGGUACACGUAGGGAAAAGAUUUCCCGUACUAGAAGAGCAAAUGUAGUUUCUCCAGUGUCAAACUUGGAUGAUACUCAGAAUGAAGGCUCUGCAGCUUCUGACUUUGGAGCCAAAUUAUCAAGUAUGGACUCCAGUGGGAUAUCCAACAGGGGCAUACCAAAUAACUUUCAAUUAAAUUCGAAACCUGAUAAUGUAUCAUCUCCUGCUGCCCCAUCUGAGAGUGAGGAAUCUGGUGCUCUUGAAAGCAAGUCCAAAGCAAAAGGAAUUGGUAAUAGCCAAUUUGAGAAUGGAACAGUAAAUGUAGCCCAUAGAACUGCAACUUUUGGUUUUCCUACAAAAAAGAAUAAGGUCCUUGCUGGGGAAGAAAUUGGAGAUGGAGUCCGGAGGCAAGGUCGGAGCGGAAGAGGUUCAAUGCAGUCGAGAGUUUGUAUACAGUUAAGCAAAGAAAAGUUAGAAAGUUCAGAUGCUGCCAAGCCACUCAAAAGCGGGAGGCUAAUUUCUGAUAAAACUGAAAGUAGAAUUGGCCGUCCUUCCUCAAAAAAGGCAUCAGAUCGCAAGGGUUCUACCCGUCCUGUGCAAGUUAUAAACGGUGGCUCCUCAGACUUGGCCGGUGAAUCAGAUGAUGAUCAUGAAGAAUUAUUAGCAGCUGCUAAAUAUGUUCGGAGAAACGGCUGUUUGGAACAUUCUGGUCCAUUUUGGAAGAAAAUAGAACCAAUUUUUGCUUCAGUCAGUUCAGAGGAUUUUGGCCUGUUGAAGCAUCAGAUAAAUAUUGCUAAGGAGAUUGAUGGAAGUUUCUCUGGCAUUGUUGAUGCAGACUAUACUGCUGAGAAUGCAUCCCAAGCUGUGCCAUCUCCAAUGUCUCAACAAUUCAGUCAGACAAAUUUGGUUGGGCUUAAAAAAUGUGAUGGGACUGCAUGUUCAGCUGAUGAGCAAAAACCGUUUAAAGCCACAUCUGGAGAAGGAACAGAGAGAUUGUUUAACAGAAGGAUUCCGCUAUUACAUAAGCUUCUCUCUGCCUUCAUUUUGGAGGAUGGAUCUGAUAUGAUAGACAACAAUGUUAAGCGGGGAGAUAGAAGUUUGCAGUUUUCAAGUGAUUGUUCCGCCUAUGGCGAGUGUGGUUCUGAUCUUACUAGUUACAAAUUGGAGCUAGACAAUGAUCUAGGGAGCCAGACAAGUUGCAAUGGAUUUUCAUCUUCAGGUUCCACCUUUAGGUGCCCAAGCAUGUUCAUAUCUGGCGAGGAGCUGUUACAAGAAAAUGAUGAUCUGGCACAUCCAGCUAAUCAAGAAAUUGGAACUCUUUGUGAACUUGAACUACACAAGUCAAACAACCAAGAAGAGAUGAAUAUGGCUCUGUCUGGUACUUCUCCACAUCAGUGCCAGUAUGAGCAUAUGUCUUUGGACGACAGGAUCUUGUUGGAACUGCAGAGUAUUGGCAUAUAUCCAGAUGCUGAGACUGAUCUUGCUGGGGAAUAUGGCAAUGAGGUUGACGAAGCUGUUUCAGAGCUCAGGAUAAGGCUUUACCAGCAGGUAAAGGAAAAGAAAAAUCAGUUAUGCAAGUUGGAGAAAGCAAUUCAAGCACAAAAGGAAUGUGAGAUGAGGAACCUUGAUCAGCUUGCUAUGGACAAGCUUGUGGAGAUGGCUUACACAAAGCUUAUGGCAGGGGGGGGGAGGGCGAGCCAUAAGGGUGGUGCUAGCAAGAUUUCUAAACCGCUUGCUAUGGCUUUUGCUAAGAGGACUCUUGCUAGAUGCCGUAAGUAUGAGGAAACAGGUCAAAGCUGCUUCGGGGAACCUUUCUAUAGGGACGUGCUCUUCUCUGAACCAGUGCACAACAUUGAGGCAAAAAAUAUUGAUGGAAUUACCUCUGGAAUAGCUUCCAAUGUACAUGUAGAAUUACAUACUUGUGAGCCUGCUUCCCGGGUAUCAGCUUCUGGUUUGUCAUCAAAUGUCAUCGAGAGAAAUGGGGCUAGUCAUAAGAUUGACAGGAGUAGAAUGGAUCCACAUCAAGGCCUCACUCAGUUUUCAGAACAACCAGUUGUUAGAAAUGACCCAAUCUCUAAUAGAGGGAAGAAGAGGGAGGUACUGCUUGAUGAUGUUGUUUCAGGUGCUGCUUCAAGAGCUGCACCGAAUUUCAGUAGUACUCUUGCAGGUUGUGUGAAAUGGAAGAAAACUGAUAAUGAUCAUAGUAUUGAUCCUUUAACAAAGAAUUCUGCUCCGAAAGAUGGCUCUCCAUCACAAAGCACUGGCAGGGGUGAGCGUAAAACAAAAGCAAAGCCAAAGCAGAAGAUAGCUCAAUUAUCAACUUCUGGAAAUGGCCUUGGCAGGAUUACAGAAAAAACUAUUAUGUUGUCUUCCAUGCAGGAUUCUUGCGAAAACUUAAAUCCUGGCAGCUCUAAACUAAAUGCAGAUGUUGAAUUGGCUGGUUCAAGCAAUGCUCAGGAUUUGUCAAAAGAGAUUGAAGAUAAUAUAUUCACAAACCUGCCACUGCAGGGGAUAGACUCUAUUGAUGGAUUAGACGUAACCGAUGGGCUGGGUGGUCAAGGUCAAGAUAUUGGUUCUUGGUUGAAUGUUGAUGAUGAUGCACUGCAAGACAAUGAUCUAGUGGGCCUAGAAAUUCCCAUGGAUGACCUUUCAGAGCUGAAACUGAACUUUUAGAGAGAGAAUUUAUACCUUGUGCAUAUUCCAGUCUAAAUCAGAAUGCUAGUACUUUAGUCAUGAUACAACUAACUACCAAAACAUCUACCUCAAGCAGACUAGAAAUUGUAACUAGGGCAGUCCAUUCUUUUAUAUACCCUUUCAAAGUUAAUGGCAAAUCCUAAUCGUCUUCUGUCAUUUACGUCUCUCCUUGUAACGAGUUACAGUCUAUUGAGCAUUUAUCCCAUUUAUAUCAUAUUCAGACUUGGUUGAUUGAGCUGCCCAGGAAUAUUCCCUUCUUUUAUCCCUCAAAAGCACUAAAAUGUACAAUUGCACACGCAUAUUGCUGAGUUUCUUGGUCUCUAUAGAAACGCUAGAAAUGACUAUUUUUCA